CUCUCCAACAAGGAAAGAGAAGGAAUAAGAGGGAAAGAACCAAGUCCGGAUCAUAGUAGAGAAGAGGACGGCCGGCGACAACGGCAGAAGACGAGGACGGGAUGGGGGUGGACUACUACAAGAUCCUGGGCGUUGACAGGAACGCCAAGGACGACGACCUCAAGAAGGCCUAUCGCAAGCUCGCCAUGAGGUGGCACCCCGACAAGAACCCCAACAACAAGAAGGAUGCCGAGGCCAAGUUCAAGCAGAUCUCUGAGGCCUACGAGGUCUUGAGCGACCCCCAGAAGCGCGCCGUCUAUGACCAGUACGGCGAGGAGGGCCUUAAGGGCCAGGUCCCGUCGCCGGGCGCUGGCGACCCCGGAGGCGGCUCCACCUUCUUCUCCGCCGCUGGAAAUGGGCCCGCCUCGUUCAGCUUCAAUCCCAGGAGCGCCGACGACAUUUUUGCGGAGUUCUUCGGCUACUCCAGCCCCUUCGGUGGCAUGGGAGGCGGCGGUAGUGGUGUUAGGGGCGGAUCGAGGUUCCCUGGUGGAAUGGACGGGAUGUUCGGGGAUGACUUCUUUGGGUCGGCCUUUGGCGGCGGCCGGGAGGGCGCGUCGAUGUACGCUCAGCAGCCGCGCAAGGCCGCGCCGAUUGAGAACCGGUUGCCGUGCAGCCUGGAGGACUUGUUUAAAGGGACCGCCAAGAAGAUGAAGAUUUCGAGGGAAAUUGUGGAAGCUAGCAGGAAAACAAUGACAGUGGAAGAAAUUCUGACCAUUAAUAUAAAGCCAGGUUGGAAAAAGGGUACAAAAAUUACUUUCCCAGAAAAAGGAAAUGAAGCUCCCUAUGUUAUUCCUGCAGAUAUAGUCUUCAUCAUUGAUGAAAAGCCACAUGAUGUCUUCACGAGGGAGGGAAAUGAUCUGAUCGUGACACUCAAAAUCUCUUUGGUCGAGGCUCUGACUGGAUAUACUGUUCAUUUGACGACACUCGAUGGUCGCAGCCUCACUAUCCCCAUAAACUCCAUCAUUCAUCCUGGUUACGAGGAGGUGGUCCAUCGAGAGGGUAUGCCAGUUCCAAAAGAUCCCUCCAGGAAAGGAAAUCUUCGGAUCAAAUUCAACAUAAAGUUCCCGACAUGGUUGACGCAUGAACAGAAGGCUGGGAUCAAACGUCUGUUGGCUCAAUAAGAAGGGAUAUAGCGAUGCUGCUCGAAGUCUAGUGCUGAGAAUAUAUGCUAGGGUGAGCUCAAAAGCUUGAAUGGCUUUGAAUCAAUGUUUUUUUGUAACUUAAUUUCGAUAUUAUUUGAAUACCCUGAUGAAUCAAAAGCUAGUGCAUCUUUGCUUUGUUACAG